UCUGUUGACCUUUUAACUAUUCCUAUUGGCUUUAUUUUCUUCGUGGUUUCUCUUGAUUUCCCACUUGAAUGUUCCUUUUUAUGAAGUACCUAUUUGAUUCUCUUGUCUAUUGCGGUUGUCUGCCUAAUUCUUAGUGAUGAGUAUGACUUCUUUAUAUAUUACGGAUACAAGAUUCUUGAGGAAUAAUGUGUUACGAAUAUCUUCGCCCUCUAUGUGGCUUGCCUUUUUACUCUCAUAAUGGUUUCUUUUGAUUUAAAAAAUGUUAUAAUUUUGCUGUUCUAUAUUCUAAGCCUUCAUUUUUUCACCUGUAGAGAUUAUGAUAGUAUUUCACUCACAGAGUUGUUAUGAGAAUUAAGUAGAAGAACGCAUGUACUCCUGGCACAAAGUGACACUCAGUGAAUAUUAUUUUUACUCCUAGUGCCACCUGUUUCUCUCCCCUUCAAACCUUCCAUUUUCUUCUGUUUCCUCUGUUUUGAAUCUCGGAGAGAGCAUGUUGUAACAGAAAAGGCUGGUCAUUUGACCUUGACUCAUUCUUAACUUUUCUAUGCCAGUGGUUAUUUGUAAAAUGGGGUUUCCAUCACCCUUGGGGUUCAAUUUUUCCCUCUUUCCUAUUGAACAUUACUAUGUACCAGCCACUAAAAGGGAAAAAAACAAAAUUAGACACGACUCAUUCUCACAUGUCGAUCUCAUGACCCCUCCCUCCUACUGAAAUGAAACGUCAGUGCUACGACGGGAGAGAAGUGGUUCACUUUACCACCUCGCUCCAGAGAACAGCAUGCCUGUUUCCCCGGCGAGCCUCAGCCUCAUCUUUCUCCUCUGCCAGCUCACAGGGCCCGCAGCCUCUGGAGCCCAGCAGGAGCUGGUGGGUGUCGUCGGUGGGUCUGUGACUUUCCCUCUGACACACUCAGUAGAUCGGAUUGACAGCAUUAUCUGGAUCUUUAAAAGUACUACUCUUGUCACCAUACAGCCAACAACGACAAACAAACCAGACACUGUCAUAGUGACUAAAAAUCAUAACAAGGGAAGGGUAGACUUCUUGCACGGGAACUACUCCCUGAAGCUCAGCAAACUGAGUAAGAAUGACUCAGGUGCCUACUCUGUCCAAAUACACAGCUCGUCCCUCCAGGAGCCCUUCACCCAGGAGUAUGGGCUGCGUGUCUAUGAGCACCUAUCAAAGCCCAAAAUCACCUUGGGUCUGAAGAGCAAUAAAAAUGGCACCUGUGUGACCAAUCUGACAUGCUUCCUGGAACGGGGAGGAGAGGAUGUGACUUACAGCUGGAAGACCCUGGGGAAGACCUCCAAUGAGUCCCAUAAUGGUUCCGUCCUCCCCAUAACCUGGACGCUGAGGGAAAAGGACAUGACCUUCAUCUGCAUGGCCAGGAACCCCAUUAGCAGCAACUCUUCAAACCCCAUCUUUGCCCGGAAGCUCUGUGAAGGUACUGCUGGUGACCUAGAUUCCACCAUGGGCCUGUGGAUUUCCUUGCUGCUCAUUGUCCUUAUACUGGUGUUAAUUAUUUUGACUAUGUGGAAACAAAUAAGAAAAGAGUCCACUGAAGAGAAGAGAAUGGACACUCAUCCGGAAAUUCCUAACUGCUACCCCCCUUCUGGAGAGACCGCAGAGUAUGAUACAAUCUCUAACCCAAAUAAAACUAUUCCAGAGGAAAAUUCAGUACAUCCUCUUUAUUGCACAGUGCAAAUACCCCAAAAGAUGGAGAAACCCCACUCACUGCCCACAUCGCCAGACACACCAAAGCUAUUUAUCUACGAGAAAGUCAUCUAAACAGCACUGCACUCCCUCCUGUGUCAUCCCAAAGAAAACAAACGAAUUCAAUGACAUGACCAGAAAAACUGAGGAAGAACAAAGAACACAGUUCCUUCCUGGAAAACUAUCCUUUCAAUGCUAUUGUAAUUAGCUAAUCCUAUCUAAUAAAGAGGGAAUAUGCUAAUUGACCCUCACACCAUCCCAAAGAUGGC